UUGAAUCCAAGAUCCUUAUGAGAUUCUAGUCGCUCACUUCACUACUACCUGACCUCGGCGGAUCUAUCGACAACAUGGCGGCCAUCAACUACUAUGAGCGUAUAACGGAGGUCUACCGUCUAGACAAUACUCCAAUUUUGAUCGCUUCUGCCGUCAGCUUCAUCGUCGGCUACCUCCAGUAUACCUACGUCGUCCGCCUCACCCUGCGUGAAGGAAAGGACCCGAUGCCCUUCUGGAUGCACUCGUUCUACCUGGCCCACGACUCAACAUGGUCCUACAUCCUCGGCAAGGCCGCCUCACAGUACGGCGAGCAUUGGUACCUGAGAGAUACAUCGACAGCACUCUUCCUCUGGACGAUGCUUGAAGUAUGGACCAUCCACCGAGCCAUCACCAAAGAGCGUGACGCCAGCUUUCGAACCGUCCUCGGGAAGCAGCCGUCGAUGUCUGCAGCCAUCACGUACGCACUCGCGCUGCAGAUGGGCAUGUACUCGAUUGUGCUUCUCGCCAUUGAAUUCAUGGGCGAGGGCUCCGUCAUGCAGUGGUUCUGCUUCACCAACGUCCUCAUCGUUCUCGGGCCCACUCAUCACUACCUGCGGGCGGGCUCCCGGCAUGGACUGUCUCUUGGCUUCUGCGUCGUCAACAUCAUCGGCACCAUUUGGACCUUUGCACCUUUCGGAUUCUUUGUGCUCACUAUUCCGGAAAUUUUGGAUCAACAAUUGUACUAUGUUAUUGGUGUCAUUCUCACGGUCUAUUCUGUCGGAUGCUUCUAUGUGGUCUCGCAAUAUCCAAGCAAGACUAAAGUCAUGGGUAAGGGUGGGAAGGAGCCAAUUUGGUAGGCGUAGUCAAUGGCGGUCAUUAGGUUUAGUAGUCGGUCGUCUUCAUUUGUGUACUUGAAUUGUCAUUUCCAGUGGUCCUCGAAGAGGAGUAGAAAAGCUAAACACGAUGGCUCAAGUCUCACUUUCGAGCGC